AGAUUUUAAGUAUGUAAAGUGCUAAUGAAAUUUAAUGUUUUUAUAUUAAAAUAAUAAUGAUAUUAAACAUUCAUGGAAUUUAUUUUAUUUUUAUUGUAUUUGUUUUAUAUUAUUUAGGUAUGAUUCUUGAAGAAUCGAACUCAGUAACCUCAAUUCUCCGGCUGUUAAAUUCAGGUUUCUCUACUCUAGUUGUAUAUUUGUCAUCCAUAUUAUCAACAUUAAGCAGUUUCUUCAUAAAUAGUCGAGAAUUAAUUGUUGAAACCUCCAACGAAGAAUCAACUUGUUUUUCAAGUUUCUCAGGAAUAUAUGCAAUGUUCCCCAGCUUUUCUGGGUUAUAUACCAUUUUUCCAUCAGGAAAACUAUUUAACAUUUUCUCAGAUGAUUCAAAAACUGAAGAAAAACCCUCGCAUGUUUCUCAACACAGCUUUGAAUUUUCAGAUGCCCAACAUUUGCUGAGUAAAGAAGAACUCAAGAUACUGAUUACAGAUAUUUUAAAAGAAGAGAAAAUAAGUAGUAUAAGAAGUGAAAUAAAGAAGCUUCGUCUUGAAUUUCAGCCCCUUGCAGAAGACUUGAAAAAGCUAGAAAAAGACCUAAUUCAAAGACAUGAAAUAAUUACUACAUCUAAAACAGUUGAAUCUUUAAUUACGGAACACAAAUUAAAUUAUGAUUAUCUGCAUACAAAGCUUAAAAACGUUGAAAAGAAGUUAGAAGUUUUAGAUACCGUGAAGAAAGGUUGUGAUGAAAAACUUAAUCCAGCAGAAAUUUUAUCUUUAAUCGAAAGCUAUCUCAUAGCUGCUUUAAAAAAUAUUAGUGAUAGUAAUACAAAAGGAAACUUCACUUAUCAAUUUUUCACAAAUUGGCUAAAUUCAAAUUUUGUCAAUCAGGAAAAACUGUCUUCUGAAAUUAAAUCUGAAAUAGAGAAACUUAGAGGAGAUUACCAAGACAAAAUGAAAUCAGAUAUAGAUAUAACAAAAACAAUAGAAACUGUUAUUCACAAGUAUGUAGAAUCUCUGAAAACAAAUUUAAGUUUAUUACAUGAUUCUCAAGGCUCUAGUCAUCUUUAUGGAGAAAUGUUUUCUAUGGAUGUUAUAAAGAAAUUAGUAAAAGAAGCUAUUAUGUUAUAUGAUGCAGACAAAACUGGUUUAGUUGAUUAUGCUCUAGAAUCUGGUGGUGGCAGUGUUCUGGGCACAAGAUGCUCGGAAACAUAUGUUGAAAAAAAUGGGAAAUUCAGUAUAUUUGGUUUACCUCUUUGGACUAGCUAUAACUCGCCAAGAACAGCCAUCCAGCCAGAUGUGAAUCCUGGACAGUGUUGGGCCUUUAAAGGAAGUCAAGGUUUUCUAGUUCUUGAAUUAUCUGCUAGAAUUUAUCCCACUGGCUUUACAUUAGAGCACAUUCCUGUUUCCCUUUCACCGAGUGGUUCAGUUGAUAGUGCACCUAAAGAUUUCAGUGUUUGGGGUUUGGCAUCUGAAACUGACAGCAAAGGAAUAUUAUUGGGGAAAUAUACUUAUGAUGAUAAGGGAGAGCCACUGCAAUAUUUUGCUGUUCAGAAUUCAGAUGCUGGCUCUUUUUUGCAUUUGGAGUUAAAGAUUCACAGCAAUCAUGGAAACAUAGAAUACACCUGUCUGUAUAGAUUUAGAGUACAUGGUAACCGAGUGAAAUGAAAAAUUUAUAUAUAUUUCUUUAUCUCUCACUGUGAUGUUUGUACAGAAAAAAAUUUUGCCUUGUGCCAUAAGGAUAUUUUAUCUUAAUGAUUUUAUUGUAAAUCUAAAAAACAUCUGGAAUGUAAAAAUUGUACAUAUAUUAAAAAAAUACCUUAUUAAAUAAAUGUAUAAUAAAAUAAAGUGUUUAUAUAAAAACUAAAA